UCAAGAGUCCAUCAAUCGCAUUCACCAGUCAGUCUGAAACAAUAACUUAACUGCAUAGGCCCACUUGGAUGAACAUUGAACUUUGAAAGAAAAUUGAGAAAGCAAGUUCAGAAAUUCUUUAAUUAAAAAAAUGAGAAUUAACGGGAAAUUGCGUGGAAAGACAAUAUUCAUAACCGGUGCCUCUAGAGGUAUUGGCAAAGCAAUAGCCCUAAAGGCAGCACGUGAUGGAGCGAACAUUGUCAUAGCAGCAAAAACAGCGGAUCCUCAUCCGAAAUUAGCAGGCACAAUUUACAGUGCGGCAAAAGAAAUUGAACGUGAAGGUGGCAGAGCGUUAGCAUGUGUUGUGGAUGUGCGAGACGAACAGCAAGUACGCAAGGCUGUUCAGGCAGCUGUAGAUAAAUUCGGAGGUAUUGACAUUUUAAUUAACAAUGCCAGUGCAAUUUCCCUAACUCCAACACUUGAAACGGAUAUGAAGCGCUACGACUUGAUGCACAACAUCAAUACGAGAGGCACAUUUUUGGUAUCGAAGGCAUGUAUACCACACCUGUUGAAGAGCAAACAUGGGCACAUUUUAAACAUUUCACCGCCACUCGUCAUGGCGCCACAUUGGUUUGGUAAUCAUGUUGCUUAUACCAUGGCCAAAUACGGCAUGUCAAUGUGUGUACUCGGUAUGGCUGAGGAGUUCAGGGACAAAGGCUUAGCGGUGAAUGCAUUAUGGCCACGCACCACCAUCUACACGGAUGCAGUGAAAAUGUUACAAGGAGAAGGAGCUGUUCAAUAUUCGCGCACACCUGAAAUAAUGGCCGAUGCAGCGUAUGCAAUACUUUGUCGAGAUCCAAGUUCUUGUACAGGAAAUUUCUUUAUCGAUGAAGAGGUGCUAAUUGAAGAAGGCGUGAAUGAAUUGAAACGUUAUGCAUGCUUCCCCGAAAAUGCCGACAAACUGAUAUCAGAUUUUUUUCUCCCUGAGAAAUAUGUUUCGAAGCUAUAAGAUUUAUACAAAUAUCUUCGUGUAUCCAAAAUUUGUAUAUAUAUUUUAAAAAGUCCGGUGGUAUUGUAUAUUUUAUAACUAUUUUUAUAAGAGUAAAUCAUUUCUUUUUUUGUUAAAGU